UUAGCUCAUGAAACCAACUUCAUCUGAUGACAUUUGUAUGUCAAAAAUUAGUUUAUUUUUUUUUGGGUGAAGUUUUCAACCAAUUACAUUUAUUACUGAUAGUGGCUGUAAAGAGUGGGUCAAAAAUAAUGGCUGAAACUACGGAAAGUAACAGCAGUAGAGAUGAAGAUGAGCAGGAGAGCAGUGAAGAUGAAGUGAAUGCCGCACAAGGAUUGCAAUCUACCUCCACCGGCUAUCAACAUUUCGGCUUGCAACAACAGGUUGUCUCACUUUCAGCAGAAAGUGAUGAUAGUGAUGAUACUCCACCAAAAAAAAGAAAUCGUGUUACUACACCUACUGAAAGCACUGCCAAUGAUAGUGAUGACAGUGAGGAUUCUCCAGCAGAGAAAAUAAUUCAUAUUGCCGCUGAUGUUGAAGGUACUGUAGAUGAAGAGAGAGAUGGUGAUGGCUCUGAACACAUAACAGAUGGAAACAUGAGCAUUGUGGCCUCUCACUACAACGAAUUAAAAGAAACCGGACGUAAGGAACGUCUCAAAUCACGCAUUGUGUAUAUGCGUAAUUUUAACAAUUGGAUAAAAAGUCAGCUUAUUGCGGAGUAUCUGGAACGUAUAAAAGCACAUCAACGGAUUGGUGAUCCAAUGAGGGUAUUAGAUUUAUGUUGUGGCAAGGGAGGAGAUCUAUUAAAAUGGGAAAAAGCAAAUAUUACACAUCUCAUUUGUACUGACAUAGCUGAAGUGUCGGUGGAUCAAUGCAAAAAACGUUAUGACGAAAUGCAAUCUCGUGCUGAUAAAACCAAAUUUGCUAAUAAGUUUUCAGCUGAAUUUUUUGCAUGUGAUGCCACUUUGGUGCGACUGAGGGAGCGCUAUAAGGAUAAGUCCCUUAAAUUAAACUUAGUUUCAUGCCAAUUUGCAUUUCAUUACUCUUUCGAGUCUCUGACUCAGGCCGAGUGUAUGGUGCGCAACGCAGCGGAAUGCUUACAGCCCGGUGGAUAUUUUAUUGCGACCAUACCAGAUGCUAACGAAAUUAUGCGUCGAUUACGCCAAUCUCCAAACGCACGAAGCAUCGGCAAUGAACUUUAUAAAAUCGAAUUCUCAUGUGACACAGAUCCACCACCUCUCUUUGGUGCUAAAUAUCAGUUUCAUUUAGAGGGUGUCGUUGAUUGUCCAGAAUUUUUGGUGCAUUUCCCGACACUGGUUAAACUAUGUCGUAAGCAUGGCUUAAAACUAGAACGAAAAACUACAUUUGCAGACUACUACAAAGAAACAUUAGAAAAAGGUCGUCCUCUGCUUCAGCGAAUGAACGGAUUGGAAUCUGUCUUUCCUAAUCGUUGUGCGAGAAAUCCGGAAUUUCAACACUUGCACAAUUUGUCUAAAGCAAAUUUCUCAAAACCAGUAGGAACGCUUUCGAAGUCGGAGUGGGAAGCUACUACACUUUAUCUUGUGAGCGCAUUCCGUAAGUGUAAGAACACGUGGGAUAACGAAGGCAAGCCCGUAUUCGAGUUCGAUUAGGUAUGCUUACAUGUUAAGUGCUUGUACUACUGCAAAAUAAUAAAAUUAUGUAUUUUACACAUUCAAUAACGUAAA